CUUGGGGAAAGGGGAGAUGAAGUGACGCCUCCUGGUUGUCUCUUGUCUAUCAGGGUCUCAAGUCUCGUCAUGCCGAAUAUACUUCAUCAACCCCCCUGGAUUGCAACAGCGUCACGGUAGGCCAUCAUCAACACGGCAAAAUCAACCCUGCAAUAACUGAUUUGCCAUCAUGACAAAACUACCCCUCAAAGUCCAGGUUGCCAUUCGGGACCAAUGGGACAAGGACGAUUGCGUGCUGCAAAACACACUCAAGAAGCUGCGCGAAGUGAUUGGAGUCGAGAUUGUUGUCGAUCCAGAAUGGCAGUUGCUCUUCGCCGAGUUGGACACGGCUUAUAAUGACAAGGCUCAAUUUGUUGCUGAUGUCGUCAGUUGCGUCUUUGAGUGGGCAAAUGCCUUGGUCUACCUGGCCGAGAAGGAAGACUACAGCGAUUGGGCGGAGAAGCUCCUCGACAAAGCCAAGGGUCGCAUCAGAUUGUAUCUUGAGGUCGGCAAGAGGAGCGAACCUUUGGUAGAGUGGUCCGAAGAGCGCGCGUCGUUUGUCAUUGAGCUGUGCAAGCCACCUAUCCCAAACGCCUUUUCGCUCCAGGAUAUGCUCACCAAACAAUUGCUGCAGUGCUUCGAGAAGAAGACGCUGCCGGUUACGCCGGCUCAUAGGCCGGCUGCGCAGCCUGGUGAUGAGUGGGCCGAUGUCGAAGUUGACACCGAAACUGGCAAGCCAGCAGUGGUCGAGAGAACACCUGUUUCUCGUGGGCCGCUUGAACCGCCGUCCAGGGCCCAAUGGGACGUCAUACCAGAGAUGUCGACACUUCCUCGACCAGACGAGCUGCUUUUAAAACCUCCGUACCAUUUGACCGUGACAAGCUCCAACAGCAGGUUCGUCGAGGUCCAGUGCAGUCACAGUCCAACGCUUCAGUUUCUGGCCGAAUAUCUCAAGAAGUGGUGCAAGACCAACACCCAGGACAGUCGGAAGCCACCCAGUGUAGAAGUGAAGCUCUAUCAAUCUGCAUUCGGCCUAGGCCUCAAUUACGACAGAUUAACGCUUGAGAGCGAAGCACGGUGGAACAUCUACACGGCGACCCCGAUGCUGGUUCUGUCCUUAGUUGAGGGAACCCUAGGAUAUCAGCCGGUGCGGUCAGAGGAUGGCCGGUGGGUCUUUAGGCGAGAUGUAGAGCUCAGAAAGGGACGGUAAUGGUGUUAGGGCUGAGUGUAUUCCCUGCAGGCCAGAGUCGUCGUAUAGAAGGUGAACUCCACCAGAGUUUAAAGCCCGUCAGAACCUUUCAGGAAGUGUAAGUGGGCGCCAGAAGUCUUCGUGCCGCGAGGAAGCAAGGUCGUAGACUUUCCCAAGGCGGAGUCGUUCAUACCAGGAGUCGUAGAUCUUUCUCUGGGAGGCGAUCCCAAGCCAAGCAAAAGCAGUCAUGUCAAAUCCUUGUUUAACCUAAUUUUUGU